AGACAAUAUGAAGCAAACCUUUUUCAUUUUGGUUGUUGCUUUGAUAUUAGCCUUCGUAGGAGGUUUGGUCAGCGCCGAUGUGAUCGAUCACACCAAUAGAAUUCUCCCAGCGACUACUCCAUAUCAUAUGGGUAUUUUACAUACUUUUGAUCCAUUUACUUCAUCAUGGUCCUUUUAUUGUAAUAGACCAGGUGCCGGACCUGGAACAAACGAUCAAUUGGGUAUUGUUGUUAAUAUGGGAAGUGAUAUUAGAAUAAUUGGUCCUAAAGUGUAUAAUGAUGAUAGUAAUUUCCAAGUUGGUAUUCAAGGGGGAGAGACUGGCAAGAUUAUUGAUUUGGGUACUGAAGAUGAUGUCAGCAAAACUUAUGGUUGUUCAAACUGUUUUACUGGUAUUAAAUUUAGUAGUGAUGGAGUUGUUUCAGUUUUAGAUAAGACAAAGAAUUUGAAGCCAAUUGACCUUACUGCCAUGACAGUGGAUCAUGCUUCAAUUAAAGUAGGUCAUAUUUACUUGGUCAAGAUUAGCAAUGGAAAUGAUGAUACUGCUCUUUUUGUAAAGUUUAUUGCUACCUCAGUUCUUUAUGGAGCAAACAAUGCUGUGGAAACUGUAACAAUGAGACAUCAACCAAUGUAUGUUAAAAUUUCACAAUCAACUGGAAGAGAUUGCUCAGGUCAUGUAGAUCUUAAUUCUGUUGUGGCUCAAGCUGAAACUGGAAUUAGUUUGGCUGUUAUUGGAUUGGUGGCUACCAUUUUCAUUGGUGUUGGAAAUGUUGCCUUCUUAAUUUAUUAUUUUGCAUUUGCAAAGGGAAAGAGAGGUGGUGUUUAUGGAACUCUCCAAUAACUCAAUAAUAAUAACAUUCGAAUGCUUUUAAU